GUGCCGAAUAAAAAAAUGGAUUUUUCUUCAGUCACGUAGUUUCCAAGAUGUUCCUGCUACUUGUGGCGUUUCUGCUGGGAUCGGCAGUUCAGACCAAUACAUUUGAUCGGAUCAUUGGUGGACAAGAGUGUGUUCGACACUCACAGCCAUGGCAAGUUGCGCUGUAUUAUUUUAGCGACUUCAUCUGUGGAGGAAUCCUAAUAGAUGAAUGGUGGGUGCUGACUGCGGCUCACUGCCUUCAGUCGAACCUUCAAGUUGUUCUUGGAGAUCAUAACAGAAUUAAACCUACAAGCCAGAAGCAAUUCACUUAUGCUGCAAAAAGAUGCCCUCAUUGUGACUUUGACCAGGUUACAUAUGAUCAUGACAUCAUGCUUCUCAAACUGGCCUCCAAAGCCAACAUUACUUGCCACGUGAAUACUAUCCAAUUGGCGAGUCACCUGGUGGAACCUAAUACACAGUGCCUUGCUUCAGGAUGGGGGACAAUCACAAGCCCUCAAGAGACCUACCCGGACAAGCUACAGUGUGUAAAUCUUUCAACAGAGAGUAACAGUGAGUGCCAGGCCUACUACCCGGAUGAUAUGAUAACCGAUAACAUGCUCUGCGCUGGCAACAAGGCUGGAGGGAAUGACACCUGCAAGGGAGACUCCGGGGGUCCGCUGGUCUGCAACGGAGAGCUUCAUGGAAUCACAUCUUGGGGACAUUAUAUCUGUGGUUUGCCAAAGAAGCCCGGGGUAUUUACCAGAGUUUUCAAUUACAUUGACUGGAUCAGAGACACUAUCCAGAAUAAAAACCGCUGCUGCUAUUAAACCACAUAAUGUCUCUGCAGCUGGUGACAAGCAUUAAUAACCUCCAUUAAUAAUACAGAUAUCUGAACAGCAA